AUGGCGUACCCAGAUCCAGCAUUCUAUUCUUUUCAGUUGCAGGAGGAGGACGAUUUUAAACCUAACCAUUUUGCCCAAUUUGGAUCGGUGUCAGCAGCAAGUAACGGAUUCAACACAGCAUCGCAGGUGAUGGAGGACGGCGGAUUGCAGCCAAUCAGGGUGGAAGAGAAGGAAUCCAAUGACUCUGAUACAGAGGUAACUCCUCCGGUGGUGGUAGUCGAGGUUGAUUCUAAACCGGCGAAGAAAAUUAAUGCAGUAAGAAGUGUUGAUAUACUGGAGUAUCUGAUCAAUUCGCUUGCGGGAAAGGACAAGCUGACGAAAAUCCUCAAGUACACACUGGACCUGCUACGGUUGCUGGUCAGCAACUCGAGAGCCGGCAUCACAAAAUGGGAUCCCUCGGUUCUUACAUACUACAGAAAAGUGCUGCGGGAUUUGAACUACAAGAUGGUGCUGAAACAUCCAGUGACGAUUUCGAAGAUUCUUCUGGUCGCGGUCUUUCAGAAUUUUGAGUCAAAGGCCAAUUUCGUGGCGCAACAGUUGAGCACCUACAGGUACAUUCUGCGAUUUGGCGGCACGCCGUUUAGAGUACUGAAAAUGCUGCAGAAGAUACGUGACAGCGAAUGGGACUCAGUCAGCUUGCAGAAAAUUUGGAUGAACGAAAGCUCCUUAAGAGAGUUCCUCGACCUCUACUACGGGAUUUGCGAUGAAAUGGUGUUGCUGCACAGACUCAAGGUCUGGUCCCAUGAUGGUCUGUACAACUGGUUCUCCAGACAUGAGGUUCUGUCAUGGCAGUACGAUAUUUUGCUGAGUCUGAAGGACAGCUGGCUGAAAUUGGAGACUAUUCAGAAGAAAAUAAUCGAGUCGAAUAUCAGGUUACAGGUGAGAACCAAGGCUAUGAAGUUAUCGACUAAUCUGCAAGGUGCUCCCGGGUAUACGUCGCCGAUACGGAAACAAUUGAUGAACGACCUGAACGGCGGCAGCGAAUGGAACGGCACCGAGUUAGAGAUGAAGCAAAAAAUUUGUCAGUUGAAGCGCGAGAAGUUGAUCACGUACCUGGAUCUAGUGAGGCUCUCGUUUGAUUGCCUCGCAAACAGCACCGACGUGUUCAAUUUGAAGACCCCUCCGGGCACUUAUGCUGCAUUGUCACUUUGCUCUGGUGUAACUGGGUUGGCCAAGCUGUGGAUCAACGCCAGGGAACAAUUAUCCAAACCGUCAGAAUUGUAG